CGCGAUACACAACAUGGCUGCUGUCGGUUGGUCUGUGUUGCGCUGCGCUUCAAGUUUCUCUGGGUUCAUUUUGAGGAGGAAUGUCCGUCAGCUGUCACCUCUAAUCUGCAGACAGGAUGCUUUCCACCAAACUCACGAAGUCCCUUUGCAUGCAAAGUAUGGUGGCCGUAACACUGUGACACUAAUCCCAGGAGAUGGGGUGGGUCCGGAGAUGGUUACAGCAGUAAAAGAUAUAUUCAGAUACAUUGGAGCACCAGUUGAUUUUGAAGAGCUUAAUUUAAGUGGAUUGAAUCUGAGUGAUGAGGACACAUUCAGUGAUACUCUAGAGGAUGUUGUUACAUCAGUAAAGAGAAAUGGAGCUGCAAUUAAAGGAAAUAUUUUUACUCCAUUAGAUCAACCGACUUUUAAGUCACUCAAUGUUGAGUUACGUCUUCAGUUGGAUCUAUUUGCAAAUGUUGUGAGAUGUAAAUCCAUCCCAGGUAUCCCUGUACGGCAUGGUGAUGUUGAUCUAGUAAUAAUCAGAGAAAACACAGAGGGAGAGUACAGCCACAUAGAACAUGAGAAUGUAGAUGGGGUUAUUGAAAGUUUUAAAGUCAUGACGGAGGAGAAAUGUACAAAAGUUGCAAAGUAUGCAUUUGACUUUGCUGUUAAGCAUGGGAGAAAGAAAGUGACAGCAGUUCACAAGGCCAAUAUCAUGAAACUUGGUGAUGGUUUGUUCUUACGAUGCUGUGAAGAGGUGUCCAAGAGCUACCCUGACAUUGAGUUCAAUUCCAUGAUCAUUGAUAAUUGCUGUAUGCAGCUUGUGUCAAACCCUGAGCAGUUUGAUGUGAUGGUGAUGCCCAACUUGUAUGGUAAUAUUGUCAGUAACAUUGGAGCCUCUCUUGUUGGUGGACCAGGAAUUGUACCUGGGGAAAACAUAGGAGGAGAUUAUGCAGUAUUUGAAUCAGGAUCACGGCAUACAGGUCUGGAUAUUAAAGGAAAGAACGUUUCAAAUCCUAUGAGCCUGCUAUUUGCAAGUACACUUAUGUUGGAGCAUUUGGGGUGGAAUGCUUAUGGUGACAUGAUUCACAGUGCUAUUUUAAGAGUAGUAGAGAAAGGAGUGAAAACUGCUGAUAUUGGAGGUGGACAUCUUACCACAGAUUUUCUUGAUUGUUUGAAAGAAGAAAUUGGUCAAAUGGGCAACUUGAGUGGAGCAGAUUAAAAUGUAAUUCUUUGGCGAUUUGUGAAAUGUCAUUUUCUUGUCAAUUUUUUUUUGUUUAACGAAAUUUUCAAGUUUUCUUUGUUGUUGCUUGUUUGAAAGAAGAUACUGUAAAUUUUAUGUAAAACAUUUUCAAGUGAUAAUUAAAGGCUUUGUACAGAUUUGUUAUUUGUAACAGCUUCACCCAAUGUAGUCUACGCCUUCAAAUGAAGAUCUAUAUUUGUGAUCUCCGUCAUGGUGUUUUACGGUCUAACACUGAAUGGCUUUAAACACCCAAACAAUUAUUUUAGUAUUUUUACCUAAUAACAUAAAGUAAAAUUGCGGCCUUAAAGAUAAAUAAAGUGACAAAUGGCUUAUCAAAGUGAA